UGAAGUGGACAAAUCCGUUUGUGAAUUAGACUACUUUUUAUUUACCAUUCAUAAAUUAUAGUUAGUAAUAGUGCACACCAAAAAAGAUAGAAGAAAUCUGUCAUAGACAACUACAAAGUACUUUUACAUAGAAAUAAGUUUGGUUCGCAGGGGAUCGUUAUCUGUCCUAUAAAAAGUGGUGUAGUUCGCAAUUCUUUUUCUUUUGUGUGUGAAUAAUCUUUUCUUUUUUUUUCUCUGGUUAUGGAUAAUGCUGUAACGCGGUUUUUGUUUUGAAUAUUUAUAAUAAUUAAUUAUAAUUAUUCUUCGUUUAUUAAAAAAUAAAAAAUAUAUAAUUUUGUGUCGUUGGCCGGUGGCGACGAGAGGGAGAAGAGAUCUCUCGUUCGUUUUCCCCGGAAACUCCGGCGAGAAAAGUUACAUCGAACCUAGGAGAAAAUUCGUUCCCUUCCACUCCACCAGUUUUCACCUCUCUUCUUCAAUCUCUCAUCGUCUCUUCCUCGUUUCUCGUUUUCGCUUUUUCCCCUUUCCUCUUCGAUUUUACUGGAAUCCGAGAAUUUUUGAUCAGAUCUAGUUUCAGAAAUAGGUUAGAAAUUUGUAUAGAGCAAUGCUUACUGAUCGAGGGAGAAGGAUUUCUGGUUGCAAUGUGAGUUUUGAAUUCCGUGGUGAUUAUGGUUACGGAUUCGUAGAUCGAUCUCAAGGUUGCCAUGAAAGGAGUCCUUCAAGAUCAUUGUCUGUUUCGAAAAUCCUACGUAUCACAUCACCGACCUUGUCUCCACCGUCAUCGUCUUCUACCGGCGCUGGUUAUAUCGAACACCGGGUUUCCAAGUUCGAUACUCUCGCCGGCAUUGCCAUAAAGUAUGGCGUGGAGGUUGCAGAUAUCACGAAGCUGAAUGGGCUUGUUACUGAUCUUCAGAUGUUUGCUCUUAAGUCUCUCCGGAUACCAUUACCUGGAAGACAUCCUCCUUCUCCUUGCUUAUCUAACGGCUCCCUAAAUCAUGGAGAGGAUUGUUCCGAGCAAGCUUCAUCAUCGGAAAGCAAUGGCAACCACCAAGACGUAUUUGACUCCUUUCAGUCUUUGAGGCUGAAGCCUUCAGAAAAGAAGAUUUCUUCAGCCAUGAACUCCUUGCAAGGUUAUUAUGGACUGAAACCAAAAACCAGAAGAGCUUCCGAAGGUUUUGAGAUGGCAGUCUACAAGAACGAAGCUUCUCAUCUCCAACACGAUGGUCAGUACCUCACUCCCUACCCAGCCACCAAUACUCCCUUAAGCCACCACAGAAAAUCAAGAAGCUUGGUCGAUGCAGUUAUCGCUGAGGUCAACCAAUCACCCAACCCUUCAAAAGCAGGAGGAGGAGAAGUGAAUUCUGACAAGCCAAUGAGAAGACGCCAAAAAUCUGAAGCCGAUUUUAGUUCACGAGCUCCAGAAUUGCUGUUGAAGGAAGAGAACAGAAGCAGCAAUGGCGCGUUUUCUGCAAUAGCUGGGAAAAAUUUAGCACUGAGAUCCAAAGCAUCAGGCAGAGCUAAUGUUUCAACAGAUACUGAGAACGGUAAUGUCAAUUCCAUACCAAUCAGUUUGAUGGAUGCUCCUGUGGGAGUGGGAGACAGCUUCUCAAGCGUGAGGAAAUCGUUUAGCGCAUCUAGUCUGCAAGAAUCGGAUUGCACCAGCAACGGUUCAUCGCUAUGGUCAACCUCGAAGUGGACCCUGAAACCUGAUUUGCUCACACAAGCAGCCAUGGCGAGUUCUAUUUUUGACGGAUUGCCUAAGCCUUUAACAGGUCGGAGAAACAAAAAAGCUGUGGACUAAGGACUAAGGUUAGUUAGGUUACAUCCGUCUCGUUCUUUUGGUUUUUGUAAUCCAAAAGCAAGAAGUCGAUGGCUAUAAGAUUGGGGAGUAAAUAGAAGUAAAAAGUGUAUUAUUGCAUUUCAUUUCAUUUCAUUUCAUUUAUUAAAAACAAUAAGUCAAACAGGUAGUGAGUCAAAUUAGGCAUUAAGGUUUUGGUGAAUCUAAUUUGUAUGUUAGAUGAUAAUGGAAUCUCAGAAUAUUCAAUCUAUUUAUUUACAAUUUGGUUAAGAUUUUA